AUGUCAUCUGAUGUUAUCCUUCGUAUGUCACCUACUAUGCGUCGAGGACGAAUUUAUCCAAGUAAAACUGUUUCCUAUUUUGGUUCAUGUUGGACAUAUAAAUCUUGGUAUGCAAUUGUCCUUGUUGUUAGUUUACUCUUAGUUUUAUCUGGAAUACAUAUUGGUUGGGAAUUUCCUAUACUUGUAACAAAUGGUCAUUAUUAUUUUCCAAUUCUAUUUGCUUUUGCACUUUUUCAUACAUUGUCGAAUUAUUUAUUUGCAUCAUUACAUGAUCCGGGUGUUGUUCCACGACCAAGUGCUGAUGAAGUUCUUCAAACAGAAAAAGAAAAUAAUGUUCAAACUGAUUUAAAUGGAAAUUAUUUUCCUUCAAUUCCGCCUCCAAGAACAAUACUUGUUCGAAAUUUUCCUUAUGCAUCAUCGUAUUGUUAUACAUGUCGUGUUUAUCGUUUACCACGUGUGUCACAUUGUUCAAUGUGUAAUGUAUGUAUUCAAAAUUUCGAUCAUCAUUGUCCAUGGAUUAAUAAUUGUGUUGGUUUAUUAAAUUAUCGUUAUUUUUGUAAUUUUAUUCUUUCAUGUUCAUUACUAUGUUUAAUAUCAUUUGCUGGUUGUGUCGUUGCUGCUUAUCUUCGAUGGGAUAAAUACAAAAAUGAGCCAGGACUAUAUCUCGCUUAUAAUAUUCCAAGUUUUUUUAUUGGUUUUCUUAGUAUAAUGCUUUUCUUUACGCUUCUAUCCUUCUGGUGCUAUCAUUGCGGUUUAGCAAUGAGUGGUGCGACGACAAGAGAGGAUAUUAAAUUUCAAAGACAUUCAAAAGAAAGUGGCAUUCCACAAGGUUCAAAAUGGAAGAAUUUAAUAGUUUCUUGGUGUGGACCGUUACAACCUUCAGUUGAUUGGAAUAAAUUAUAUGAUAAAGAUCAUUAUAAGAAUCAAGAAAUUAUCUAUAAACGUAUACGUCCAACAUUAUUAAGUAAUACGUUAGUUGUACCAUCACAAAAAAUUCGAGAACAUAUUCGAGAUUUGGCAGCAAAUGAUUAUUUUGCUUUAAAACAACAAAUUGAAGCAUUUCAUCGAACGAUGAAUAUAAAUACAUCCGAACAUCAAUCAUCAGUAAUUCAUACUGAAACUACUAAUCAUUUACAAUCAUAUACUAUCGAAAUCAAGAAUAUUGGAAAUAAUCAAAUUGAUGCUCGUUAUCUAUUAAUAGAAGCUGUUCAUCGAACGAAUGUGUUAACAUUUUGGGAUACAAUAUGGUCACGACAUGUAUCAUCAAUUGUUAUGCUUUAUGAUAUAACAGAAAAUGUAAAUUUAAUUUCAUAUUGGCCCGAUGAACAUAAUCCUUCAAUAAAAAUUGAUGAGACUUAUCAAAUAAAUUUUAUUGGAAAAAUGAAACGAUUAGAUAUUGAAACAAUUCAAUUCAAAAUCGAAAAAAUUAGUGAAAAUGCAACUCGUAUUAUUGAACAUUUUCAAAUUAAAGGUUGGAAUGAAACUGAAUUUAAAAUUGAUCCAAUAACAUUAUUACGUCUUCAAUAUACAGUUAGUCAAAAAGAUAAAGAAGAAGAACUUCAUAAUGUUAAUCAAGGUAUUAUUGCAAUACAUUCACUUAAUGUUAAUACACGAGCUAUUGCUUAUAUGACAAUCGAUAUUAAUCGACGUUUAUUAAUUUGGUAUGGUUUUAUAAAUAUAUUAAAUACAAUAACACAAUUAAAUCAACAAUUACCAAUAUGUCUAAUGAAUGAAGUAUGGUUACAUAGGCAUAUGUUAAUUGUUAUUUAUACAACAAUUUUAUAUCUUUCAACUUGGAAUUAUUCAACUGAAACAACAACAUUACAAGCAUUAGAUCAUCAAAUAAAAAGUUUACUACGAAAUCGAUUUGCACAAUUUUAUCAUAAUCCAUUAUUGGAUCAAUUCCACACUUUUAUUAAUAAUAGUUUGAAAGAACUUGAUGCUAUUAUUCCAUCAAGAAAUCCUUAUUUGCCAGUUAUUAUUGAUCAUAAUAUAAUUUAUUUUAUUGAUAGUUAUAUUCAUUCAAAUGUAUUUAUAUUAACAAUUGGUCAAAAUUCUGAUAGUAUAUUAAAAAUUAUGUUAACAUAUAAAAUUCAACAUUGUUUUUUAUUUCAACAAAAUAGUCAUCAAAAUGUUGAUUUAAUCGAUAAACAACAAUUAAAAUUUGAUAGUAAUUAUCUUGCAAAUGAUUUUCGACGUUAUUUUAAUACUGAUAUUUCUAUUUAUCAACCGAGUAAUUCUAUUCGAAAUAUUCCAUUAUAUAAACUUUCUCAAUAUAUUGCAAAUUUUGAUCAAAAUAAUUAUAUACCAAUAUUAAUUUGUAUUGAUGAUAUUCGAGAAGGUGCUAUUGUUUGUCUUAUUGCGAAUUUAAUGGAACAAUUAAUGAUUGAUAAUGUAGCAGAUGUUUUUCAUCAAGCAAGAAAAAUUGCAUAUUCAUGUUCGGCUUUUCAAUCCGAAGAUGAAUAUAAAAAUAUGUACGAAUGGAUCGGACGAUGGACAUCAAAUGAUCUUAAUAAUGAAUUAAAUUAA